AUGGCAGAGGGCUGCGAGAAGGUGCCCAUCGCCCGAGCGGGGCCCGACGAUGUGGAGCAGUGCCUGCCCCCCGCGUACGCGGCGGCGGCGGCGCCCCCCGGGCCGGGGCGGCUGCUGAAGGCGGGGGCCGCGGUGCUGAUCGCCGGAGCCCUCCUGCUGCUGGCCGGGGCCAUCGGAGCCUUCUACUUCUGGAAAGCCACCGAGCGGCAGGUGUACAAUGUUCACUAUACUAUGAGCAUUAAUGGAAAAGUACAAGAUGGAUCAAUGGAAAUAGAUGCUGGAAACAACUUAGAGACAUUCAAAACAGGAAGCGGGAGUGAAGAGGCUGUUGAAGUUCAUGAUUUUCAGAUUGGCAUAACUGGAAUCCGUUUUGCUGAAGGAGAAAAGUGUUACAUCAAAGCUCAGCCAAAAGCUCACGUCCCCGAAGUUGAUGCUAUGACUAAAGCGAGCCUCUCAUCUGAGCUGGAAGAUGAAAUCAUGCCUGUGAGAUUUGACGAAAACUCCCUUAUCUGGGUGGCUGCAGACGAGCCUAUCAAGCAUAACAGUUUCCUAAGCCCCAAAAUUUUAGAGCUUUGUGGGGAUCUUCCAAUUUUCUGGCUGCGACCAACAUAUCCCAAAGAUAACCAAAGGAGAGAAAUGAAGAGAAACAAACGCCAGUCAGAAUCAAACUUUGAUACGGAAGACUUGGAAGCUGCUACUGAAGAAGUAAACACCAGGUCACCCACCACGCAGCUGACUCAAGAGCUUGAUCACCAGUCUAAUGAAACCAGACCAAUGGGACAAGAAACCGACCAAACACUUAAUCCAGACAACCCAUAUAAUCAACUGGAAGGUGAAGGGAUGGCUUUUGACCCCAUGCUGGAUCACCUAGGCGUGUGCUGCAUUGAAUGCAGACGAAGUUACACACAGUGCCAGAGAAUUUGCGAGCCUCUCAUGGGCUACUACCCAUGGCCUUACAACUACCAAGGCUGUCGUACUGCCUGCCGAAUCAUCAUGCCCUGCAGCUGGUGGGUUGCUCGUAUCAUGGGUGUUGUGUGAGAAAAAGCAAUCAGAGCCUUGACAAAAUAAGCAGGAAUGCAAUGACGACAAACUGGUGAAAGACUACAACCA